AUGGCCUCCGACGCAACCACCUCUGGCGCGCACCCAAGCCCAGGAAACCCGAUCAUCUCCUGGCCAAUCGAGCGCACCUCGCACACCAACGAACCAGGCUGGCGACCUCCCCCGGUAACGCGUCGCCGCAGCUCCAGCUCCAGCUCCAGCUCCAGCAAUAACUCAGCCUCAACCUCGAGCACCUCCUCCUCACGCGAAGUGGACAUCGGAGCAACCAACUACCCAGGCGGCAAGAUGGCGCUAGACGGGAUCGCCCUGCGCGCAUUCCUACUGGGGACAACACUGGGCGGGACAUUGGGGCUGGCACUGUUCCUGGGCAGCGUGUACGAGACAGCGCUGUGGCGCGUGCCGUUCUUCAUCGGCGCGCUGAGCAUCUUCCAUUUCCUCGAGUUCUGGGUGACGGCCCGGUACAACACGCGGUACGCGACGGUGUCGGCGUUCCUGCUGUCAUCGAAUGGGUGGGCGUACAAUGCGGCGCAUGGGUCUGCGGUCGUUGAGUGUGUCGUCUCGCAUCUGCUGUGGCCCGGUCGUCAGUCGGCUCUGGCGCGGUCUCUGUCUUUUACGGAACCCAUUACCGGGACGUCUGUUUCGGUGUUGCUGCUCGCGGGAUUUUUUCUUGUCGUGCUAGGCCAGGUGGUGAGGACGCUGGCCAUGGCGCAGGCCGCUAGCAACUUCAAUCACCAUGUGCAGGUCGAACAUAAACAGGGCCAUGUACUGGUCAAGUCUGGUCUGUACCGCUUCUUCCGCCAUCCGAGCUACUUCGGCUUCUUCUGGUGGGGGCUCGGUACUCAGCUCGUGCUGGGGAAUGUGCUCUGUUUAGUUGGGUAUGCCGCGGUACUGUGGCGGUUCUUUUCUAGCAGAAUCAAGCGCGAGGAAGCGUUCCUCAUCCAGUUCUUCGGCGCCGAGUACGUCCAGUACAAAGAGGAGACCCCCGUCGGAAUCCCAGGGAUUCGGUGA